AUGGCCGACAUCAAAGAAAAAGACGCCGAGGCACCCCAAGACGCACACCAAGAAGCCGUCGACGCCGAGAUGGAGGACGCACAGGACCUCAAGGCCGACCGCGCGCUGAACGAAGCCGCCAUGGACAGCGAGCUGCAGCAGCUGGAGGAGCAGCUGCAGGCACUGCCCAAGCCGCGGUUCGAGUUCACCCCGUCCAACCCGGCUCUCUUUACUUGGAUCCUGGUGGGAUUCGCCUCGCUGGGUGGUCUGCUCUCGGGUCUUGACCAGUCGCUCAUCAGCGGCGCCAAUCUUUCUCUCCCCAAGGCCCUGCACUUGGAUGACUCGCAGCUGAGUCUGGUCAAUGCCGGCAUGCCGCUCGGCGCUGUGGCUGGUGCUCUGCUCCUCUCGCCGGCGAACGAGUAUCUGGGUCGUCGUAUGGCUAUCAUCGUGUCUUGUAUCUUGUAUACCGUCGGUGCGGCCCUGGAGGCUGGCGCGAUCAGCUUCGGUAUGAUGUUUGCGGGCCGGUUCAUUCUCGGCGCUGGUGUUGGUUUGGAGGGUGGUACCGUGCCGGUGUAUGUGGCGGAGUGUGUCCCUAGCCGUAUCCGCGGUAACCUCGUCUCACUAUACCAGCUCAACAUUGCCCUGGGCGAAGUACUCGGCUACGCCGUAGCAGCCAUCUUCUUCGACGUCAAAGGAAACUGGCGCUACAUCCUCGGCUCGUCGCUGGUCUUCUCCACGAUCCUGCUGGUGGGCAUGCUCUUCCUACCGGAGAGCCCGCGGUACCUGAUGCACAAGGGCCACGAGGUCGCCGCGUACGGGGUGUGGAAGCGCAUCCGCGGGUUCGGCGACUACGACGCCAAGGACGAAUUCCUGGGCAUGCGGCAGGCCGUGACGACCGAGAGCGAGGAGCAGGCGGCCACGAAGCGCUUCGCUUGGCUGGACUUCUUCACUGACGGCCGCGCGCGCCGCGCCAUGAUCUACGCCAACAUCAUGGUCUUCCUGGGCCAGUUCACCGGUGUCAACGCGGUGAUGUACUACAUGUCCGUGCUGAUGUCCAACAUCGGCUUCGACGACCGCACCUCGGUCUUUAUGUCGCUCGUCGGCGGCGGAUCACUGCUGAUCGGCGCUAUCCCUGCCGUGCUGUACAUGGAGAAGUUCGGCCGCCGCUACUGGGCCAACGCUAUGCUGCCGGGCUUCUUUAUCGGGCUGGUCCUCGUCGGCGUCGGCUACACCAUCGACUACAACGUGUACCCCGCCGCCGCCGAGGGCUUGUAUCUGACAGGCAUUAUCUUGUAUAUGGGCUUCUUCGGCUCGUACGCGUGCCUGACCUGGGUGAUCCCCGCCGAGGUGUUCCCGACGUACCUGCGAUCGUACGGCAUGACCACCGCCGACGCGAACCUCUUCCUGUGCUCGUUUAUCGUCACUUACAACUUCACUCGCAUGAUGAACUCCAUGACCCGCAUCGGGCUGACUCUCGGCUUCUACGGCGGUAUUGCCGUGCUGGGCUGGUUCUAUCAGAUCAUUUUCAUGCCGGAAACGAAGAACAAGUCGCUUGAGGAGAUCGAUGAGCUCUUCUCGCGCCCGACUUCUGUCAUCGUUAAGCGCAAUCUGAAGCAAACUGCGCAGGUGAUCCGGGAUUUGUCGCGUCUUCGUCUGAAGAGGGUGUUUUCGCCUGAGCCGUACAACUAA